AUGAAUGAGCAGCCCGCCGUGCAAUGGGCCCAUCAUCCCAAAAAUCCCUUCAACUGGCCCGACAGCCAAAAAUGGAUGACCAUGUUGACCUCCUGUUGGGUCACCUUUAUGGUCGGACUAAAUGCUACGUCGAUCACCACCGCGGCUGAGUCUAUCUCAGAAGAAUUCAAUCUAGGCAAUGGCAUUUUCGAGUACAACUUCUUUGCCGUGACGGCGUGGAACGCGGCAGCUGCAUUGGUUCCCCUUGUCGCUCUUCCUCUGAUGGAUACGUAUGGGAUGAGGAAUGGAUAUGUGACGGCAUACGUUCUAUUCACCAUUUUUAUAAUCCCCCAGGCUCUAGCGCACAAUUUUGCGACUCUCGUGGUCUGUCGGGCCAUCGCAGGCGCUUUCGGAGGCACGCUUCAAAAUGGCGCGGAUGGUCUUGCGUCGAACAUGUUCCUGGACCAUAAGGAUCGUGUACUCCCUCUAACCCUGUACACCUUCACCUUGCUGUUUGGUGUCACCAUGGGACCAGUGCUCGGUGCUGCAGUAGAGCCAUUAGGAUGGCGGUGGGUCUUUUGGAUUGAAUUGAUCCUCUACGGGGCCUGUAUCCCGCUUGUUGUAUUGUGCAUGAAAGAGACACGCGGGCCGAUAUUACGAACAAAGCUCAUGCCCGAGGUAGUUUCUACGGUCGAUAAAUCCGAGGCAGUUGACAGCUUCAAAGAGACCAUCUUGCGUUCAGCCGUACUCCUCACCACCGAGCCGACGGUCACGUCUUUCACCGUCUGGUCAUCCUUUGCUUUCGGUCUCGUGUUUAUUUCCACGCAGUCCAUCCCGAUUGUGUUCAGCGGAACAUAUGACUGGCCCUCGUAUACGGACGGCCUGGUGCAGGCAUCUAUUGGCGUCGGCCAAAUUGUCGGGUUCAUCGCCUGUUGCUUCCAGAACCGCAUCUACAUAAACAGUGCUGCUCAUAACCCGGAGACACCGGGCACUCCGAUCCCCGAGUAUAUUCUUCAUCUGUCAAUUCCCAGUACAGCCAUUGCGCUUGCCGGUGGAUUGUUCAUGUACGGCUGGUCGACGGACCAAACGCACUGGAUCGUUCCGGCGAUUGCACUCGGUCUGAUCGGUUACGCCAUCAUGACUAUAGUUACCGCCGCCAGCAUCUACGUCACGGAUUCGUACGCGGGGUUCGCGGCCAGCGCCAUUGCGGCAGUUGCCUUUGGCGAGAAUAUUUUUGCGGCAUUCCUUCCGCUCGCUGCGAAGCCCAUGUAUGUCCGGCUGGGAUAUGAAUGGGCCAGCAGCCUGUUGGCGUUUGUGGCGGUAGUGUUAACUCUGGCUCCUAUGGUGCUAUUGUGGAAGGGACGGACGAUUCGUGCGAAGAGCAAAGCAAUUCAAAAAAUGUCACAUUCUUAA